AAGAAGAGGAGGGCGCCUCCGAGGGGACACGUCCUCUCUGCCGGUGCAGAGCCUUCUCCCUGGGGCACCGUCGACGUGCCCUAGCCCGGAGGCCUGAGGAGUGGAGGAAGAUCUUAGCAAAGCAAUGUCUCAAGGUGGUACUUCCCAGUUCCAAGAAGUCAUCCGACAAGAGCUGGAAUUAUCAGUGAAGAAGGAACUAGAGAAAAUACUUUCAACUGCACCACAAAAUGAAUCUGAGCAUACUAAAAAAGACCUUGAAGGAUUUCGGAAGUUAUUCCAUAGAUUCUUACAAGAAAAGGGACCUUCUGUGGAUUGGGGAAAAAUCCAGAGGCCUCCAGAGGAUUCGAUUCAGCCUUAUGAGAAGAUAAAGGCCAGAGGCUUACCUGAUAAUAUAGCUUCUGUCCUGAAUAAGUUGGUGGUGGUAAAACUCAAUGGUGGUUUGGGAACUAGCAUGGGCUGUAAAGGCCCCAAAAGUCUCAUUGGUGUGCGGAAUGAAAAUACCUUUUUGGAUCUGACAGUUCAGCAAAUUGAGCACUUGAACAAAACAUACAACACAGAUGUUCCUCUUGUUUUGAUGAACUCUUUUAACACUGAUGAAGAUACGAAAAAAAUACUUCAGAAGUACAGUCAUUGCCGUGUGAAAAUCUACACUUUUAAUCAAAGCAGGUACCCUAGAAUUAAUAAAGAAUCUUUACUGCCUGUAGCAAAGGAUGUGUCUUACUCAGGGGAAAAUACAGAAGCAUGGUAUCCUCCAGGUCAUGGUGACAUUUACGCCAGUUUCUACAAUUCUGGUUUGCUUGAUACUCUUAUAGGAGAGGGAAAGGAGUACAUUUUCGUGUCCAACAUAGAUAAUUUGGGUGCCACAGUGGAUCUAUAUAUUCUUAACCAUCUUAUGAAUCCACCCAAUGGAAAACGUUGCGAAUUUGUCAUGGAAGUCACAAACAAGACAAGAGCAGAUGUAAAGGGUGGCACCCUCACACAAUACGAAGGCAAACUAAGGUUGGUGGAAAUCGCUCAAGUGCCAAAAGCCCACGUUGAUGAAUUCAAGUCUGUAUCAAAAUUCAAAAUAUUUAACACAAACAACCUGUGGAUCUCACUAGCAGCAGUCAAGAGACUGCAGGAGCAGAACGCCAUUGAUAUGGAGAUCAUUGUCAAUCCAAAGACCUUGGAUGGAGGCCUAAAUGUUAUUCAGUUGGAGACUGCAGUUGGAGCUGCUAUUAAAAGUUUUGAGAAUUCUCUUGGCAUUAAUGUUCCCCGAAGCCGUUUUCUGCCUGUUAAAACUACAUCCGAUCUUCUACUUGUGAUGUCAAAUCUCUACAGCCUUAAUGCAGGAUCCUUAACGAUGAGUGAAAAACGAGAGUUUCCUACUGUGCCCUUGGUUAAAUUAGGAAGCUCUUUUACAAAGGUCCAGGAUUACCUAAGGCGGUUUGAAAGUAUACCAGAUAUGCUUGAACUGGAUCAUCUCACGGUGUCUGGAGAUGUGACAUUUGGCAAGAAUGUCUCAUUAAAGGGAACGGUUAUCAUCAUUGCAAACCAUGGUGACAGAAUUGAUAUCCCUCCUGGAGCUGUGUUAGAGAAUAAAAUUGUAUCUGGUAACCUUCGGAUCUUGGACCACUGAAGAAAAAAAUAUUCUGUAUACUUUAUUGAUUAUGAGUUAAAUUGUUUUUCACAAAUGGAAUGUUCAAUAAGGUUUGAGAAUAGAGGCAGGUGCUUUAUCCACUAUUUCACUGUACCCUGAAGUAUUAAUUUUUAAAGUAGCGGUUUUCUGCAGUAUGCUCUUAUUUAAAAGCACAGAUGGACAUUUGAAAGCAAUACUACUACUUUUUUGAAGAGGUCUGUAUGUCAUUAACUUUUAAGUGCAAUAUUGCUGGUCUUAACAAGGGAAUGGCUCUGCUGGAAGAUCUUUUGACAGAGGCCUGCCUGGCUCUGGUCAUUUUGAACUGCUUGUAAUUUAAAAAUAAAGCUGUGAAGCAAUAUAUAUGUGCACAUUUAUAAUUUUUCAAUUAGAUCAUUUUUAUGAAGUAAUCUUUCACUAUUGCAGAAUAGAUAUUUAAAAGACUGGAAAGGCUUGAAAUUGUAGUACUUAAAUUUUUGCAUCUAUGAGAAUCUUGUUUGGUUUUAUCUAUAUACAAAAUGGAUUAAUACCUCAUCAUGUUUCAUUGUGAGGAUGUAGAUUAGCCAGUUUUAUUUCCUUCCAAAGAAUGUGUUUAUUCAAGCCUCUGUGUGUGUGUGUGUGUGUGUGUGUGUGUUGUUUUUUUUUUUUGCUUGGUGGGAAUUGGUUAUUGGAUUGGAUUUGGCUCCUUUCUGCCUCUCUCCUCCUCUUCCCAUCUCUCCUGUGGGGUCAGUGAGUAGUAAGCAAUGCUUUCUGCUUAUCCUCUUCUUUCCUUUUGCUGCACCGUCCCUUUAUGGUUUUGGGUUUGUUAUUUUAAAAAAAUCAUACACUGAAGCAAUCUUCAGGAGGAAAGAGAUGAAUCAAGUUUCUCAGAAUGGCCAAAUAAAGCUCACAAACAGCA